UUGUUUGCGUUUCUCGAGACUGUUUUUGUUGUGCUGAUCAGCUGAAUGUGGGAUUGCAGAUCCAGUUUGACAAGGAGGAAGGUUAGCCCAGCCUCCAAAAAACGCCGAGAGAAGCAGAAGUACAUACGCCGUAUGACAACGUUGUAGGAUGCGGACUGCUGGACUGUGCUUCACGGAGUAAAUGACCAGAGGAGCAAAGGCAGCUGUGUCAGAGCCACUGAAGUACUGGCAACAAAGACUUAAAAACUUGACUUCACUAAUGGAUAAAUUUAACUCAAACAAUUCUGCUUUCUGUGGCUAAGCCCCUCUGUAAGACCACAGUCCAAAGGAAGACACAAUAAUGAACAAUGUCAAGAGUAAUUGUGAAUGGAAAACCUUCGGCUCUGAAAAAAUCACUCUCAUGGCUGGUGUUCUUUGGCACUGUUUGAUUAUAUAAUUUUUACAUCUGGUGAACAAAUUUUGAUAUAAACCAAAACUUUAGAUUGUUUUAUACAUAUUUUAUAAGUCAUGGGCUACUUUGUUUCUGUGCCCAGGUAAAUCUGUGGGACUUUGUGCCUAAGGCAAUAAUGUUAAGGGGGCUGGUGCUAAUAGAGGCAUUCCACGUGUGUCCAUAAGGCCUCCUCCCCACAUUCUAUGGAGGCAGAGCAAAGCCAGCCGGCUGAUGGGGAGCGGUCUGGUGGGCAACAGCAGCCUCUGUCUGAUUCUUCACUUAGGGGUAGGUUGCUUCAGUUACAGGAACAGGCUACCUCACAACCAAUCCAUGGAGCACAUGGCCGCCAUCAACAUAGACAGCCGAAACGCAGCGAUAUGCUACAAAGACAGCAGCAGCAACAGUCGCAGGUGGGGGAAUCAUCUUGCCAACGUCCAGAUGUCCCGGGGCUAUCUCGAGGCAGCUACUCUUCAUCUACUUUUGAAUCCUCCACCCAAGUUCCUCGUGGUCAGAGGACUCCAUCUCAGCAUAGUCAGGAAGUACUGGAAGGUACCACAUCUAGAAGGGAGCGAAAGCCGCAAAAGCCUGGGAAGUAUGUGUGUACAUACUGUGGCCGGCCAUGUGCAAAGCCCAGUGUCCUACAAAAACACAUCCGCUCCCACACGGGAGAGAGACCAUAUCCUUGUGUUCCAUGUGGCUUCUCAUUUAAGACUAAAAGUAACCUGUAUAAACAUCGUAAAUCUCAUGCCCAUCGGAUAAAAGCUGGCUUGGCAUCUAGCCGUGAAGACCACAGUUUCAGUGGAGCUGAGAGUGGAACAGUGGGAGAUGAACAAGGAGAAGAAGAAGCAGAGAGCACAGAUUCUGAGGAUGAGACUGGUCAGCGACGACCAUCUACCUCUCAGGAAAGGCCAGCUCUGAGGAAAAGCUCCAAGGUUGAACUCUCAUUCUCAGAAGAAGGACCAAGACCAGAGGACUCUCAAGCCAUCAAACAGAGGUUAGCUAUGCGACUCAGUGAAAGAAAACGAGUACCCAUGGCACCUGAUGAGACCCCUUCAUCGUUAUUGGGUCCUGGUAGUAAGGGCAGCACUGAAUCUGGUUACUUUUCUAGCAGUGGAAGUGCUGAGCUUUCCCAGGUGAGCCCUCCCAACGCCAAUGUCAAAUCCUAUGCUGAAAUUAUUUUAGGAAAAUACGGACGAAUGGGUCAACAGCAAAGAAUUCCACACCAACACCUCAAGUCUUCAUCAUCUUCGUCAUCAUUAGGUCAGGAGGAAAAAUCCCUUUCUUUCACAGUGCCUAAGACACAAGUCAUUGAGCACAUUACAAAAUUAAUCACAAUAAAUGAAGCCGUAGUUGACACAAGUGAAAUUGACAGUGUCAAACCGAGACGUUCUUCCCUCUCAAGGAGAAGUAGUAUUGAGUCCCCUAAAUUUUCUUCAUCCAAAGAUCCUUGUGUUUUUGAUCCAAAGGGAGAUGUUCCAGGUACUAGUUGUACAGGACCAAUUAUUCAUGGUGGUUUUACCACUGAAAGGCAGCACUCACAAUUAGUUGAAGACCCACUUGCAGGUCGUUGUUCUAGUGCUGUACUUCUGAGAAGUCAGUCAGUGCCAUCCUCUGGCGGGCAAGCAGACCCAGCUAGCACAUCUUCACAGAGCUUUCGUCUCAGCCACUCUUUUGAUGAGCAGCAGGCUGCAGCAGCUGAGAUGAGGGUUGGCCACCAUCAUCGCAUGUUAAGACGGCAACCUGCCAUUGAAAUGCCAAUCGGAGCUGACCCUUUAGAAGCUGGUCCCUCUGUUUCCACUAUGACGGAGGCAGGAUGGAAGUGUGAGAUGUGUGGUACUUGCUUUAAGAAGCAUGACAGUUACACAGCCCACAAAGUUACAUGCAUGAACAGUUCAUCACAAGAAGCUCAGAGUGAGAAAGUAUGUAGUUCCAUACAAGAUCGCCCGCAAAUUAUGCACUAUAAGUUUAAAGCAAUGGCUGUAGCUGUUCGAAAAAGGAGGAAAGAAGAAAGUUUGGAGGAGGACCCUCCCAGUCCAGGUCCAGCAAAUGUGUCCUUUAGCAACCAGCUCAGUACAUCGGUAAUGUGCACUAAAGAUGAUUUUCAAAGCUUGCCAAGCACCUUUUCCCAAAUUGAGCCAGAAAAAAUUGGGCCUUAUAAAGAAAUUUCUGUAAUCCAGCACACUAGCUCCUUUGAAAAGCAGGAAAGCAUGUCCAUAGAGAGUCAGGAACCAGAACUGGAACAUGAACAAUCACAGGAGCCAAAACAAACUUCCACAUCCAGGUUAGUUCGACAACCUAGCAUUCAAGUACCAGAGAUCUUGGUGACAGAGGAGCCAGAUACUGAGAUGGUCUCACCUCCAACAAGUACAUUCUCCGCCAAAGUAUUGGAUAAGGAAGAGUUCCAGUGGCCUCAACGUAGUCAAAGUUUGGCUCAGCUGCCUGCAGAGAAGUUACCACCAAAGAAGAAACGCCUUCGUUUGGCAGAGGCCACCCAGUCUUCUGGAGAAUCUAGCUUUGAAUCAGUUUCUCUUUCACAUAGCCCUAGCCAAGAAAGCAAUGUUUCCCACACCUCUAGUCGAUCUGCAUCUUUUGAUGAAUCAGGAAAGAUUGACUCUGAGAUGCAGGCUGGUACAUGGAGCUCCAAAGGGUCACACAUGCUGACUGUGCCAGGUCCCCAUCAGCACCACCAUUCUUAUAGAGAAAUGCGCCGCUCUGCCUCAGAGCAGGCUCCUGCAAGUCCACCACACCCUGCCCAGAUGGGAGAGGCUAGAAGUAAGUCAUUUGACUAUGGAUCCAUGUCCCCAAAACCUAGUUCAGCUUCCUGGAAGGAAAGGCGAAAGUGUCUCUUAGUAAAGCAUGCAACCCUUGGAAAGCCUGAUCAGGAAGAACCAUCUUCUAGCUUACAAUGUGCUCCAAUUUUAUGUCAGUCUUAUUCUGAUCAUUCUGCCAUCUCAGUUGGUGAGCACAGAACAAGAAACACUUCCACACUUAAUCCAGAAAUUCUGGGCAAAACUCUACAGCUUUUCCAAUCUCCUCUCCCUCUUCCAACUACAAUUUUCCCCUUGACAAGCCCAGAUACCUUUCCUCCACAGCAGCUGACUAGAUUUCUACCAGUCACAACAGCAAUAUCUGAGGUCCUUUCCAGUCGCCGGUUUCAGCAGGCCCUCAUACAAGGAGUAUCGUCUCCACUUCAUCCAAGACAACUUCAUUUAGCAGAACACCUAGGCCUUCCUGUUCAGCCCUUGCCCACUUUACUCCCUCUACAGUUCCCUAGUAGUGGUCAACCUGUCCAGUUACCAUCAGGUCCUUCUGUCGCAGAAUCUAGUUCAUCUCCUUCCUCUAUACACAGUCCAGGUCUCUUAUAUCACCAACUUGUAACCCACCACCAACCUCGCCCAGUCAUUGCUACCUGCCUUGAGCAAUUUACACCAGUAGUGUCACUUGUGGUUCCUGUGCGCUUACAGACUCACAUUCCUACCUAUGCAACUGCCAUGUACACGACCAUCUCACAAAUUUUAGUCACCACACGCUCUCAGCAACCAAUCUGCUGUACAGCCAUGGUCAUCAUGGGACAGCUUGAAGCCAAUAAGCUUCAGCAUUCCUACCUUAGGCUCCCCACUCUUGAUAUCAAGACCAGCAUUCCUAUGUCACUGCCUCUGGUGUUUCAGUCAGAAACUACAUCCGAUGAUGGCUGUGGGCCACUUGGUGCUGGGGGAAAUAAACGAAUGCUUUCUCCAGCAGGUAGUUUAGAACUCAGUUUAGAGGCACAACGGCAGCAAAAACGAGUUAAAGAGGAAGAAGAGGAGGCAGAAGAAGAAGAAAGGGGAGAAGACAAAAGUGGUGAGAAAUCUCUGGAGAAGAGCAAUAGAAUAGACAAAGAGAUGCUAUCAGCACGGAUAGCUUGGGGAAAGCAAGUCAAGAAAACAGAAGAGGUACAGGAAUCUGUGGAAAAUAAGCUGGAGCUUGCCCAGGUAGAACCUGGACCAUUUAAAAAAGAGGAAAGGGAAGAAGAGAGCCACAGGUGUGUAUCGUUGAUUGAGAUUCCAGAGAGAGCCACAGACCCCCUCUAUCCUAGCCUACAUACUACCACAUCUGUGAGCUGGUGCUAUCUAAAUUACACCAAGCCCAACCCAGCCGCACACAGAAAUCCACAAACAUCUGUCUAUUCUUCCUGGAGUGUCAGCAUGUAUAACCCUAACCUUCCUGGUCUGUCCACCAAAAUGGCACUGUCACUACUAUGCUCUAAACAAAUAUACAGUUCUGAGAUUUUUACCACGGCUACCGCACCACCCCCGACCACUGACAAGCUGGUUGCUGCCAGCAAGAAAAAGGCCAAAGUAUCAGAGGUACAUGCCAACCCACCCAGUACAGCUGUCAAAGUGAAAGGGGAGCCUCUGAGUAAGAGGUCUGAAAAAGAGAAGAAAAAUAUAGAGGAGGGUCCCACAACCUCCAAGCAGAGUGAACCACCACGCAUUUGCAUCUUUGAAGGAGGAAGACAAUUAAAGAAAAAAUGGUAUAAAUCGAGUGAGGAGUAUGUAUAUGUGAGGGGUCGUGGAAGGGGAAAGUAUGUAUGUGGUGAGUGUGGGAUCCGCUGCAAAAAGCCCAGCAUGCUGAAGAAACACAUCCGUACUCACACAGACAUUCGGCCCUAUGUAUGUAAGCACUGCAACUUUGCCUUCAAAACAAAAGGGAACCUCACUAAACACAUGAAGUCAAAGGCACAUGGUAAGAAGUGCCAGGAGAUGGGUGUGGCUGAAUCAAACACAGAUGAGCUGGAGGCUGAGGACCCAGGAACCAGUGAGGGACAAUUCUGUGAAUCAGAGGAUGCAGAGGAGCACCAGUUUUCUGAUGUUGAGGACUCUGAGGAUGAAGAUGAUAAUGAUGAGGAUGAUGAUGAUGAUGAUGAUAACGAUGAAGAGGAAGAGGUGUUGUCCUCCCACGAUGAACCUCCUUCGUCCUGCUCUACCGACACCCAUCAGUCUGAUAGUGGUCAGGGAUCACAGACUGACCUCUCAAAUCCCACUGUUCCAGAGACAGAAGACCACCAGUCUCCUUGCAGACCUUGGUCCAGUGGGCGUGCUGCAUCACCAGGGAGUAAAAGGGCGCUGUUCUCCCAUAAGGGCUGGGAGGUUUCUCCCAGAGCCUUCUCUCCUGCUAGUGAAGGCUCACCUCUCAGGAGUCUGUCUCCCAGGCUAGAACUGUCCUCACCCAGUCGACACCUCUCACCCUCUCCAGAGAGAGGUCCCUCUCCUGUUAGAGCCUCCCUACUCAGGCCUCUCUCUCCCCUGCAGCCCCUUUCCCCUGCCCAUCACAGGAGCUCCAGAGCCCAUGUCUGCACGAUGCCACUCAGACCCCAGCAUAGACCUCACAGUUCUCCUGGACAAAUCCACUGGGAGUCCAGCUCUCAAGUCCAAGAGGGCCAGCAGGAAAGGCCUGGUACUCCCAGUACCCCUGUCCAGGAAAGACCUGCUACUCCUGGUGUUCCACAGGCUCCACAGCGGCUGAGUCCUCCACAUCAUAGCCUGUUACUACCCACCCUGCGCAUCUGUCAAAGUGAUUCUUCUACUCACCUUUCUGUCGCAACAAGAACUAUGGACCGUAUGUUUAGCCAUCUCCCCUUACACUCCCAGGACCAGGCCCGCAUGCCUUACCAUAUGAUCCCCAUUGGAGGAAUUCAGAUGGUGCAGCUCAGGCCUAGACCUUGUCCCAAACUGGAACGAAGUUCAUCUUUGACCCCAUCACCCACCUCUCCUAAGGAGGAUUUCCCUUUCUGCCUCAGCAAAAGGGAUACAUUAUGGAGCUCACGCUCUGAAACAAGCCAGCAAAAAUCUCUGGCAGUUAGCGGGACACAGAGCCUGGAGCGGGAAGCCAGGCUAUCAGGGCUGCAGUGCCAAGCUACAUGCUCAACAACAGCCAAAUGGUCCCUACAACAUGGCAGUAUGGAGCCAAGAGAAAAAGACAGAAAGCAAUAUGGCAGCUCACAACCCUCCAAGACAUAUUCUGUUGCUCCUGAGACAUCUCAAAGUGAAGUGAGCCAAGAUAACAGUGAAGGAGCUGAGAAGAUUUCUAGUUUUGAUGAGGAAGAGGCAAGAUCCUCCUUAUACAGAACUACUGAACAGCUUUCAGAGCUGGAGAGGCCUAAAGAGACCCCAUCCCAAAGGUGUAGCUCAACUUCAGAGGGGACUUUAGGAGAAAAAUCUACCCAGUUGGGUAAGAGCCAGGAUGGCAACCCAGACAGCACUUAAUAGCCUUUUUGCUCAAUGUCAAAAUGCUCUUGAUUGCUACUAUAAUAUUAUUGUUCCUUUUUGUUUUGUAAUGCUGUUGUUUUUAUACAAUUUUUCAAUACUGUUAGUAACUUGAUAAAUGUUUGUUUUUUGCAAUAUUCAAGAUUGUAAUAAGAUGCACUUUUUUGUUUGGACAAAACAAUGUUUCUGUAAUCUAUCACUUCUGUCUUACCUGUAUCUUUAUUGACAUUACAAUCAAUCUUAAGGUAUCUAUUUGAAUAUGUAUAUGUAAAAAUACUUCUUAAAAGUAAAUAUGAUAUUGAAUAAAUUUAUAAAUGACCAAGGUGAAUAUUUAAACGAAGAGUAAUUCCAAUAUCUUGUCCCUUGUCCAGUAUUAUUCAAAGUAUAGUUGUGUGCCUUUUCUGUCAGGAUUUAUUGCUUAAGGUGUAAACAAAAGUGAAAGGCUGUGAAUUCUUUUUUUGAAUACAUGAUUUGUUUUAUGUUUAGUUGGAGUUGGUGUUGGUGUUUGCAAAAUUGGGAGGCAUAUUCAAGUUAUUUUCUCUGAAGUCAGGGUAAUAGAAAAAGUAGUUUGUACUGAAGACAGCUGAAGGAUUGCAGAGAGGUUUGCAAAUAAAUUGCACUGAAGUCAUAUUUUUUAUAUAGAAAAAAUAAGAUAUUGUGUCUGUACAGAUAAGAAUUCUAUGGUCCAUAUUUAUUGCCAUGUGAAAAUAUGAAAAAUGUUUUUUGUUUAUUUUAGUUUUUGAAACAAUUUUAUUGCAUUUUUAUUCUUUAUACUUUUUUGUUUUUUACUUUUCUGUUACAUUCUGAAGACUUGAAUUAAAGAAACUGGACUUGGUGACAGUGAAGGUGGUCAACAGCUGCAGGGUUAGAUAGAUCAAAAGCCUUCCGAAUUUGUCACAGAUCUCUCUAAUUUCUGAACCAAUAAAGGUGCACCAGGAAUUACUCAAAA